AUGGCGCAAUUUGUGGUAAUCUGGAGCAUAUUCCUGUACGCUUCCUGUCUGCUGCUGCUCAGCAGUGCUGAAGUCCCACAACAACAACAACAGCAGCAACUCACCAAAGUGCCAUUGGUCAGCAGCAAUGUUGUUGAAAUGAUUGCGGGUGUGGGUGGACAGGGUGGAGUGGGCGUUGGUGUGGGUGUGGCAGGCGGUGUAGGUGGCGCAGUAGCGCCCAGCGUCGGUUCAGUGGCGAAGGAAAAGGAGCGUGUUUACUACCAUCCGGCUGCGGUAACCAAACCACGAAUCAUCGACCAGUAUGAUCAUCGCUCCUUGGACGGACACUUUGAGUACAGAUAUUUGCUGAGUAACGGUGAAGCUCGUUAUGAACGCGCCUACUGGUUGCCAGCGGGCAAAAAUAUGGUGUUGGCACGCAAAGGAUAUUACUCUUACCCAAUAUCGAAUAAUAAAUUCCUAACCGUCUUCUAUACUGCCGAUGAAAAUGGAUAUCGACAGGAUUCAACCACAUUUAGUAGAACGCAACCACAUCUCCCGCGUAGUAUCGAAGUGCCGGAAUACGUACCACAAUCCGUAUACGCCGCGCAUUCACCAGUAACACAACAUCACAGUAAACCACAUGUGCACACCUCCACCACAACCUCAAGGCCUUUUGUUCCAUCAACCGAUAAUCCAUUCAUUCAAUUGAAACCAACAGCGCCUCCACAUGUGCCGGUGCAUCAAUCUAUUGUAAGCCAUGGUCAGCACUUGUAUGGUCAUCAAUCACAAGCGCAACAUUCAUCCGUUCAUUCAUCGUCAGCUGCUCAUUCUUCAGUAGGAGGUCAUGUGGCGUCAGACGUUCACACAUCUACUGGUGCACACCAUUCCGCAGGAGCUCAUUCUGCAUCGAUUGUCUCCUCUUCCUCUGGAGCUCACACCAGCAUUGGAGUUAAGCCUGGCGCAGGUCAAGUAUGGCAGUCGUCAAUUGCAGCUCCUGCCUCGUCAAAUGCGGUUUCAUCUUCUGGUGUUUCCCAGUCGUCUGGAGUUCAUUCCCAAGCAAUUCACCCUGCAGUACCUAGCCAAUCGGCAGUUCAUUCUCCUUCCGUUGUUCAACAUGGAGUGGAAAGUCAUUCCCAAGUCGGAGUUCACCCAACUGUUCCCUUCCAACCGGCAGUUAUUUCUUCCUGGGCUGGUCAGUCUUCAGUCGUUCAUUCCCAGACGGGAGGGCAUUCAGAAGUUCCAACGGCUGCCACAGUUCACCCCUCAGUAGGCGCUUACUCACCACCUUCAGUUCAUUCCCCAUCCGUAGUCCAAACUUCAACAGGAGUUCAUUCAACAGCUGUCCACCACUCACGCCCCACAGUACGCCCAUCCAACCAAGUGUAUCAAUACCAAUCAGUUUCACAAGGUUCUUCGGCACAACCUUCAGUAGGAGUUCCUCCAACGGUUGCUUCGCCCAUAGGCCCAGUUCAAUCAUGGCAUUAUAGUUUUUAAAUAAACAACACCUGAUUGCGAAUUAUGGCAAUUAAGUUGGUACAGGUAUUUUGUCUUGG